AUGAUAAACACUACUGAAAAAAAAACAAGAAAUGAAAAAAAUAAAUUGAUACCAGAUAAAAACUAUACAGAUGAAGUAGACUGUUUACAAAACAAUUCUGAAAAUAAUUGUAAAGACGAAAAUAAAAAAGAGAGCAUAAGAGAGAAAUAUAUUGGUGAAAAUAGAGAGCAGUGUUAUCAAAGCGAAGAAGAAAGGCAAAAAUCAGAUGGUAAGUGUGGUGAAAAUAUAUUAAAAAAGAUAUCUUAUUUUCAUAUCGAAAAAAUUAACACAGAAAAUGCUAAAAACAGAAUUGAAAAUAAAAAUGAAUUAUGUGAAUAUAAUAUUAACUCAAGAGAAAGUAAAUAUAAAAAAAAUAAUAAUGAAAACUUUUUUGAAAGUAAUGAAAAUAAUAAUAUAAUUAAAGAUUAUCAUGAAGCUAAUUUGGACGUUAUCUUUGAUAAAUAUGGUAACAAAACAUUUCAUAAUCUAAUUGAUGAUAAAUCAAAAACAUUAUCAUUAAAUGGUACAUCAAGUAUGGAUUAUAAAAUUAAGAGAAAUGCAACUUAUGAUAUAAAAAAAGAAAAAAAAAAACCUAAAUUAAAGCAAAUGCUUCAAUCUUCAGAUCAGUUGAAUGAAAUAAGCAUGUUAAAUAAUAAUGUGCAUAACGAUGUAAACAAAAAAAUUAAAUAUGAGAUUAAUAAUAAUAAAGUAUUUCAGUGUUCAAAAAACAAGUUUGAAAUGCAAUCUCAAAAUAAUACUAAAAUAAUUAAAGAUAUGAAUGAAAAUGAAAUACGAAAUAAUAAUAAUGAUAAUAAUAAUAACAAUAAUAUUUAUGAUAAUAUAAAUAAUGAUAAUAAUAAAAAUGAUGAUGAUGAUAAUAAGAAUAAUAGUAAUAAUUAUAAUAAUGAUAUUAUAAAUAAUAAUAAAAAUGAUGAUGAUGAUGAUGAUGAUGAUAAUAAUGAUAAUAUAAAUAAUAAUAAAAAUGAUGAUAAUAAUAAUAAUAGUAAUAAUUAUAAUAAUGAUAUUAUAAAUAAUAAUAAAAAUGAUGAUGAUGAUGAUGAUGAUAAUAAUGAUAAUAUAAAUAAUAAUAAAAAUGAUGAUGAUGAUAAUAAUAAUAAUAAUAAUUAUAAUAUUGAUAAUAUAAAUAAUAAUAAAAAUGAUGAUGAUGAUGAUGAUAAUAAUGAUAAUAUAAUUAAUAAUAAAAAUGAUGGUGAUGAUGAUAAUAAUAAUAAUAAUAAUAAUAAUAAUAAUAAUAAUAAUAAUAAUAAUAAUAAUACUUAUAAUAAUGAUAAUAAUGACAAAAACUAUUAUAAUUUUCCAGUAAAUAAUGUAAAUCAUAAUCUAAAUAAUUCAUUGGGAAUCAAUAUAAAUAAUAAAAUUAAUCAAUUAACUAUGAAUAAAGAUGAUAAUUUCAUGAAUAUUCCCGAUAAACUAUGCGAUAUUAACAAUGAUAAUACGACAGAUUUAUAUAUUCCAUGUGAAAAUAAUAUUCUUUCUAGUAAAAAAUAUGAACAUACAGAAAAUGAAAUGAAUUUUCCGUCAAUUUUCGAAGAAAAUAUGGAUGAAUGGUUCAGAGCAAAUGAAAUUGAUGAUUGGCUUGUUCAUAAAUUUUGCAAAUGGUUAUAUAAUACUAAAGAUAAUCUUUAUUUUAACAUAAAAACUCAGGAAAUAUAUUAUGUACACAAUCAUAAAUUUAUUAAAUAUGAAAACUCUUUACAAGAAAAUGUAAAUAAUUGCUCUGAAGAAAUGGAAUCCAAUAAUUCUGUGGGAAAAAAAUUUAUAAGUAAUGUGGACAAUAAAUUUAACGAAUGUUUUAUUAAAAGUAAUUCAUGUAAUGAUAAAACUAGUAUUAAUUCAGACAAUAAUAUGCUAAAUAACAGCAUUAAUGAAGAAGAUAUGUAUGAUAGGAAAUAUAUACCUGUUAAAGAGAAAAAUUCUAGUCUUUCAGAAAAUUUGACAAAAAUAGAAAAGAAUGAUGAAACAAUAGAAGAAUUUAGUAUGGUUUUAGAGGAUGAUUUAGUAUGUGGAACUUUUAGUAAAAUAGGGGAGCAUAAUAGAACAGAAAAUGAAGAUUUUUUCAUAACUAAAGAUAUAUUAGAUUUAAAUCAUGUAUCUGAAAGUGAUGGUUUAUGUUUUUUUAGUGGAGUUUUUGAUGGUCAUGGGGGUUCUAAUUGUGCACGAUAUGUAAUGACUCAUUUAAAAACAAAUAUAAUUGCCAAAUUCAGACAAUCUUUUUUAAUAACAUGCAAAAAAAAAUUCAAAGAAAAAAGUGUUAAAUUAAAUGAACAAAGUGUAGAAAUACGAGCACUAUACGAUAGCUGCAUAAAGGGAUUUGAUAUGACUGAUAAAAAUUAUAUAGAGCUCUCAAAAAAAUAUGACUACAAAGAUGGUUCAACUGCUUGUGUUGUUUUAAUUUAUGGUCCAGAUGAUGAUGGAUCAUUAAAAGUUGUAUGUGCAAAUUGUGGAGAUUCAGGUGCAUUAAUAUGCCAUGAUAGAAAACCUAUAAAACUGUCUUUGAGACAUAAACCUGAUUUACAAGAAGAAAGAAUAAGGAUACUAAAAUGUGGAGGAAUAAUUGCAAACAUUAAUGGAAUAAAUAGAAUUAUUACUAAACAGAAAGAUAAAAAUAGUAAAAACAAAGAAAAGACAUUUUUAGCAUUAUCUACAUCCAGAUCAUUUGGUGAUGUAUCUUAUAAAAUUCCAAGAAAAAUAGUUCAAUGUAAGCCAUUUAUCAGUGUAUAUACAAUUGAUUUCGACCUUGAUUCAUUUCUUGUUUUAGCUACUGAUGGAAUACUAAAUGUAUUAACUGAUAAGGAAAUUAUUGAUAUUGUUUGGAAAAACAAACAUAAAAAGCCUGAACAAGCAGCAGAAGAAGUAGUGAAUGAAGCAACAAAAAGGGGGUCUAUUGAUGAUAAAACAUGCACAGUCAUAUUUUUUUAUUGGAGAAAGGACAUCUUUAGUAAUUCAUUAGAAAACACAAAUUUAGAUAUUACACUACAUGAGGAGUCUAAAGCAGAGGACAUUAAUAUGUUUUCUUCAACUUUCUAA